UGCACAGGAAGCACCAAGGUCCCAGAAGCAUCUUAGCCUUCUCCCCUCUCCUCCGUCCAAUUUCUCUCCAGUUUGCGUGCCUUCAGUUUCUUGCAAUUGCGUUCCUCUACACCCUGCGAAUCUUCGUGCAAACAUCGAAUCUUCGUUUCCGCGGUUCAAAGCGAAUCCAGAAGCUUUAGCGCGUGCUUCUGUAAUCUAGCAUCGUAAAUAUGUUUUUUGACGGGUAUGGAUACCAUGGAACAUCAUUUGAGCAAACAUAUCGGUGUUACCCUGCGUCUUUCAUAGACAAGGCACAGAUAGAAAAUGGUGAUAAAGUUAUAAUGCCGCCGUCAGCUCUUGACCGUCUUGCCUCUCUUCACAUCGACUAUCCUAUGUUAUUUGAGCUCCGGAAUGCUGCUACAGAGCGUGUUUCACACUGUGGGGUUCUGGAGUUUAUUGCUGAAGAAGGCAUGAUCUAUAUGCCUUACUGGAUGAUGGAGAAUCUGUUGUUGCAAGAAGGAGACUUUGUGCGAGUGAAAAACGUGACUCUUCCAAAGGGAACAUAUGUAAAAUUGCAACCGCACACAAAGGAUUUCUUGGAUAUUUCCAAUCCGAAAGCUAUCUUGGAGACGACACUGAGGAACUUUUCAUGCUUGAGCACAGGGGAUAGUAUCAUGGUGGCUUAUAACAAUAAAAAGUACUACAUAGAUAUCAUUGAGACAAAGCCAUCUCAUGCGAUAAGUAUUAUUGAGACUGACUGUGAAGUGGACUUUGCUCCUCCUCUUGAUUACAAGGAACCGGAAAGACCUUCUGCACCCGUUUCAACAGGCAAAGCACUAGCAGAAGGUCAGGAACCUUCUGAGGAGUCUGAACCGAAAUUCAAUCCAUUUACUGGCGUCGGAAGACGCUUGGAUGGGAAACCUUUGAAAACUGGAUCUCCACCAGUGUCGUCAACCGCACCCCAAGACAGGAGGGCCAACACUUCGGGUGGAGCAACAACUGUCGCCUCUAGUUCCAGCUCACAAAGCGCCAAAGGCCCAACUCCAGGAAAGCUUGUAUUUGGUUCAAAUGCUAGCCGCACUAAAGAUGCUCCGAAGGAUGCUUUGAAAGAUACUAAGAAAGAAGCUAAGCCCGAGCCUCCGAAGGAUGACGAUCCGAAAUUCCAACCUUUUAGUGGGAAGAAAUAUUCCUUGAGGGGUUGAUUGUAUAUUUAUCUGAACCUGUAAGUUUUAACUUUCUUCAUAUGUGAUGAAUCUGUUGGUUUAGCACUUUGCUGGAAAUAGAGUUCAAACUAAAUCCGCAUCGCCGUCGAAGGAGUUGAACAGUGGUUUCUUCUGGUUUUUGCACAAAGAAAAAUACAGAAUUCGACUCUUUUGGUAGUAUGUUUUCUCCUACAUGGGAUUUUUAUGGAAUUUCUGUUUCGAGUUGCUGUUCUAA